AUGCUCUAGUUAUCUAUUUCUAUUAUUUUAUUAGUUAACUAAAUCAAAUCAUUAAGCUAUUCUUGCUUUAGAUUAUAAAAUGCAUUUAAAUUGUCGUUUAUUACAUCAAUUUUACUUGAUUUUGGGUCUUUGUUAAUUAUGGAGUCUUAUUCUCUAGAUUACGGUUGGGCUUAAUAUGAAAAAACCUCAAGUUUAGAUAACUCUUAUAGGAUAUCAUCUUUAAAAGAUUGUGGUAGAGAAAAAUAAAUAAUUUUGCUUGAAGAAAUAAAAGAAUCGACAACUUUUUUUAAAUUUUCUUAGUUUUUUUCCUAUUCUUAGAUUUUAGAUUUUACAAUAGAUUAUACUUAUUAGUUUAUUUCAUCAUAUUAGAAUGAAUUAGAGUUUAUAAAUAGCUGCUAAAGAUAUUCUUUUUCUGCAGAAUUGUUAUAUUAUGAGGUAAUUUAUGAACAAUUUACCAAGUAUUACUGA